UAGGAGUGGGCUGACGUCAGGGGGCGGGCACUAGUGGCUGAGUUUCGGUGCUGCUUCCGUGCUCGGUAAUAUUGGUUGGAGAGUGAUCGGAAGGCUCUGUAGGACUCGGGUGUAUUCUCCGGAUACCAUGAAUAGAAUCUUCGGGAAGUCAAAGCCAAAAGGCCCCCCGCCCAACCUGACAGACUGCAUCGGAAAUGUUGACAGCAGAGCAGAGUCAAUUGACAAAAAAAUCUCACGACUUGACGCAGAACUGGUGAAGUACAAAGACCAGAUGAAGAAGAUGAGGGAAGGUCCAUCCAAGAAUAUGGUCAAGCAAAAAGCCUUGCGGGUUCUUAAACAGAAAAGAAUGUAUGAACAGCAAAGAGACAAUUUAAACCAACAAUCCUUCAACAUGGAACAAGCCAAUUAUACCAUUCAGACACUAAAAGAUACCAAAACAACGGUGGAAGCAAUGAAAAUAGGAGCCAAGGAAAUGAAGAAAGCAUACAAGGAAGUUAAAAUAGAUCAGAUUGAGGACUUGCAGGAUCAGCUGGAAGAUAUGAUGGAGGAUGCAAGUGAAAUCCAAGACGCUCUGAGCCGUAGUUAUGGAACACCAGAAAUUGAUGAAGAUGACCUUGAAGCGGAGCUUGAUGCACUGGGAGAUGAACUGCUGGCUGAUGAAGACUCGUCAUACUUGGAUGAAGCAGCCUCCGCCCCAGCUAUACCAGAAGGAGUUCCCAGUGAUUCCAAAAACAAGGAUGGUGUGCUGGUGGAUGAAUUCGGACUACCACAGAUCCCUGCAACAUAAAAAUAAACCUUGGUACAAACUGCUGAAGUCAACAUACUGCAUCUUUUCAUCUUCUUCUUUAUUUCCCUUUACAUUUAUCUAACAAUGGUAUUUUGUGUAACGGAACAAAGAUCGAAAACUGGGAUUUCAUAUCUUAACCUGGCUCAAAUUACUGCACCUUGUCUUUCAUGGAAAGAAAUUAUUUAAUGUACCCCUGUGAUUUACUGGAAAGAAACGUCAACUCGGCAACCCAUGAGUCCUGCAUAGCACUACAGUUUUUGUCAUCACUAUGGAUUGAUCAAUCGGCAGAUAUGCCAGCCUUCUAUUUGGGUUAGAAACAGGAUGAAACCCAAACGCCUAACAUUUACAGUUGUGUGAACCUUCUGGUACAGAUAAU